CUGAGUUUUCCCUUUCUCAUUUUCUUCCCUCAGCAAUGGGCCACUUUUGCCCGUUCCUGGUUCCUUGUUGAUGCCAGGAUGCAGCCGCCUGGAAAGAUUGCCAGCAUGUGUUCUGUUAGAUUACAGGGGAAACACAAGCCUAUAUACCAUGCGCUGAGUGACUGUGGAGACCACGUGGUGGUAAUAAACUCCAAACACAUCGCUUUUUCUGGGAAUAAAUGGGAGCAGAAAGUAUACUCGUCUCACACAGGGUAUCCAGGCAGUUUCAAACAAGUCACAGCUGCUCAGCUCCACCUGAAGGACCCUAAAGCUAUUGUGAAGCUGUCAGUUUACGGCAUGUUGCCUCGAAAUCUGCAUCGGCGCACCAUGAUGCAGCGGCUCCACAUCUUUCCUGAAGAUGAGUUGCCAGAUGAUAUUCGAGCCAACCUGACAGAGGAACUUCUUCAGCCCAGACAGAUCCCCAGAAAACUCAGUGAAUACACUCAGGAGGAGAUCGAUGCUUUCCCCAGCCUGUGGACACCGUACGUAUACACACAGACAUUCUUCUCUUUUUUUUUUUUUUUGGUUCUAUAA